UGGGGAGCAGCUGCGGCCGGCGCUGCCGCCGGGACCCGCCCCGCUUCCUCGCCGGGCACCUGCUCGGGGCGGAGCGGCGGCGGCCGGAGGAGCGGCGGCAGGAGGCCGAGGUGGCGGUGGCGGCGGCUCCGGAGGCGGCUGUGCGGGCGCUUCAAGAACUUCAUAUAAACACAUGAGAGAAGAUGACAAGAUCUAGAUCAAGAUCACCACGAUGGAAGCAAAGGUCCUUAUCUCCAGCAUUUAGGAGUCCAGAGCACCACAGGCAAAGGCACGCUCAUGUUAAUUAUGACUGUGAAUAUAAAAGCUUUCGUAAGGACCUAAAGAAACCUAUGACUUGGAGAACAGAUGAUGAAAAAUACGGACAAAGCAAUUCCAGGUUUGCACCUCAUGGAAAUAACCACCAGAGAAUGUAUGAACGUAGGUCACCUUCACCAAACCUGAAAAGAAUUCCCAUGGAAGAUGCUUACAGCCAUAAGCCCUACAGAACACAUUCAUCGGAAAGAACUGAAGGCAAUAGGAGAUGUCAGUUACCACCAAAAUACUCAGAAAUACCAUAUAAGGAGCACAGUCGGUCAUUUUACCAUUACAAAAUGGAAGAAAGAUACACGUUUGAACACUACAAAGUCACUGGAAAUGAAAAAGGAAUUAAACCUUUUCACAGACCGUUAGGGGCUUCAUGUAAAUUUGAAAGAAAAUGGCAUGAAGAUGACUUGAGGCACCAGAGAUUACACGAAGAGAAGUAUGGUCAGUCACCCAGAAGAGUUUCUGAUGAAUUUACGUCAAGGAGCUCUUUACAGAAGAGGUAUCCUGAAGAUCACGAUUACAGAGAAUAUGGGCACACGUCUAAAAGGGCUAAAGAAAUGGAGAGGUAUGACGGUGGAGAAGUAGCAAGAAAUUCCAAGUGGAAGCAAGAGCGUUCUUUUUCACCCUACCAAGAAAAGGAGGAGCAAAGAAAUCUGGGUGCCCAGUCUCACCGGUCGACUGAAAGGGAGUACUCGGAGGGAUCGGUCACAAAGAUAGCCUAUGAAUACAAUCACAAACGGCGCAGGCACCUGGAUGGGGAGAAGCCUUUCACAGAUGAUAGAGCUCAGAAGUACGCGAAGCAGGAAGAUCAGAAAUACGGAUCUUCUAAGGGUGCCUGGAAUAGCAAAAAGUUAGAUUACUUUAGUGGUGGAAGAGCGAGACAGACUGAAGAAGGGCACGUUGAAGUCCCUCCUAAAUAUAGUUCAAAGAAGGGCUGCAAUGCUUGCGUUAACUCUUCUAAAAUGGAUGCUGAUCUGAGACCCUUUAAAAACAAGCAGAAGGAAAGAGUAAGGAAAGAAGGGGAACUCAGGAGAAAAGGAGAUUCUUCCAGUAGCCAGCAUGAUUCAAGUCAUACUGUUUCAGAUGUGAAAGUGUCUGAUGUCAACUGUAGGAGGGAACAUCUCACAAUCAAAGUGGACAUGAAGAAAACGGUGAACAGGUACAGGUCUGCUUCUAGUCAUACUGCAGACAGACAGAUGUCACAUGAUCUGGUUGCUGUUGGCAGGAAAAAUGAAAACUUUCAUCCGGUGUUCGAGCACAUGGAAUCUGUAGCACGAGGUGUUGAGAGCGACCCGUCGCGAGAAUUUACUCAGGAAAUAAUCACAAUUAUCCAUCAAAUUAAAGCAAAUUAUUUUACAUCAUCCGACAUAACUCUGCAUGAACGGUUCUCAAAAAUCCAGGAUAAACCAAUUCCAAAUAUGAAUGAAGUUAAAAGAAGUUUGGAUCCAGAAAUCCACAGGAGGAUUGACAUGUCUUUAGCAGAACUUCAGAACAAACGAACUGUCCCAUCAGAAUCUCCUCAGCUACUCUUACAUGCUUUGAAGACCGCUAGCAAUUCUGUUUUAAAAGGAAUGCACGUGACUGUAUUUACAGAUAUUAAACAUACUUCCAUUACUGUGAACAUCAUAAGAGUUUUAGAAGAUCCAAAUGAUCUACGGCAUGAUAUAGAAAGGAGAAGAAAAGAGAGACUGAAGAAUGAAGAUGAGAGAGCAUUUCAUACGGAUGGUACAGCUCCAAGGAAUCAGCAAAGCUGCAGUUUUUCAAGAUUACAGAACUCUCAACUUGAUGGCUUCCAAAAGCCCAUGAGGUUCAUUAAGCCACCUUUCAGGAAAUUUAUUGGGAAACCUCACCUGAAUUCUUACUAUUCUUCAAGAACAAACGAUACUUUCCCGCAUAGACAUGUUAGAGGACGCCUUGAGAACACAGGUCCCAUCAGGAGACACUUUAAGAGCAACUUUGCAGAUGGCCGUUUGCAAUCCCAUUAUAAAUCAGGCUUAGUACAGAAGGGUUUAUAUAUUCAAGCUAAGUACCAGCGGUUACGUUCUGUUGGUGUAAGGGGGUUUACCACUAAUAAAUACAGAGAUGGAUUUCUGAGGAAAGAAAAGGGAAAUUUAAAUACUGGGACAGAAACCUGAACUAAGCUCUGAUCCUGAAGUUGAAACGUGAAACACAGAAAAGGGAACAUCUGUUCACUUUUGGCAACUUUGUCCAGACCUAAAUUGGGAUAAAGGAACUAACCCUGUAACUUUCUUGAUUAAAAAAUAACUUUAUUUUUUGGUAGGAGAAUGCUGCAGAACUUUUUUACGGUUUUCAUAAUUGCUUUUAAACUACAGUAUUCAAUGGAAAUGUUGUAGUAUGUACCUUUAGUUCCUUUUGCAUACCGGUCUCGAGUAAAGAAGUCACUGAAGGGAGUCUUAUUUAUUGAUUACUUUUUCUCCAAGCAUGAUGUUACAGAUGGAACUUGAGUUGUUAUACCCAGAGGUUUAUAUGUUCAAAGUUUAUUGCUUAUGUAAUAAAAAAGGAAAACAAAAAAAAA